CCAUAUUUGAUCUAAUAUCAGACUCCGACCACUCCGACUUAGAGGAGUUCUCCUAACAAUACAUGUACUUAUACUCGUACAUUCUUGCGAUUAGGUCGACCGAUUUUCCAUGUCGCACGUGUAUCUUAUUGACUUAAAAUUGAACUGUUCCGGUAACCUAACGAGAAUGAGUAAUUUUUGGAUAACAUUAUUGAAAGACUCGUCUAAUUUUUGACAGAACUUUUCAGUACGUUUUUGAACAUAUUCUCGUGAUAACGAACGAGUUAUGGAUUUUCGUUGCUGCUAAAUAUAGUGUUGACAAGCAUCUCGUGAGUGCAAAUACAUUUGUCAUCGCCGUUUUUAUCUGUUAACCUGUCUUGUUAAUCUUUUAGUGUGUUGCAAUACUAAUGGCAACGAAAAGGAGUGUGAGUGGUAACCCACCUGUAAAAAUGUAUAUAGAAGAUAAAUAAACUGGGGAAAUUAUAAAUAUGUUGGCUUGGUUGCCUAUACGAAAUGAGAUUCAAUAAGCAAGAACUACUAACAUUGGCCACGCAGCCUUCACAGAAAUUUGAGAAGGAAGGCAUCUUGUAUGUUAGAGAACGGCAAGAAGGUUUCUUUCGCAGAACAGAAAGUACAUGUAAAAAACCUGAGAACAAAAAUCAGAGAGGAAGAUCACAUAAGACUCUGCGAGACCUCAAUUGCGUUACAGCCGGCGCGAGCAAAGUAAGUCUUGAACGAUGGUGCAGAUUGCGAGGCAACCUUUUGUUCUAUUUCAAAUCGCGGGAGCAGUGGUCGGAGCCGCUGGGGGUGAUCAUAUUGGAGCAGUGCACGGUGCGCCCGGAACCGCCCAGCAAUCAUGUCCCUUUCGGAUUCAGCAUAGUUUUCGACGGAGGCUUGUUUCAACAGUUAGGCGCCAACACAACCGAGGAACGGGACAGUUGGUUGCAGGCGCUACAGCUGGCCAGUUACGAGUGCAUGCGGAACCAAUUAUUGUCGCUGCGACAGCGCAUCGAGGCGUACAGCGGACACAAACACGACACCGACAUCCAGAUGUUGCGACUGCAGCGCGGAACAUUCACAGAUCCGGCGGAAGUACCAAUGUGCGAGAUAUCAUUAGCCUGCGAUAAUUUGUUAUGCGACGGACACGGCCGACCUCCUACGCCAGUUUUAGAAAUAGAUGUACAGUCAAAAUCUUCCAAAACUUGGAUUAAGUAUGCGCGAACGGAAGUUGUGGAGCAAAGCAGUAAUCCAAGUUUUUUAACUACGGUAAGCUUCCGAGCUAGCGAUGGCUUGACGACAGAAACGAAAAUUAGGAUAACCGCAUACGACGUCAGGGAAAGAGUCAGCCAGACCGCAACUCCGAUAGGAAGCGCGAUAGUGACGUUCAGUAUGAUACAAGACGUUCUAGGAUUAAGGAUACCGUUAAAAUCGGCGAAAACAACGACAGUCGGGUUUUUAACUAUUAACGUAUGGAAUCUGGAAGCCGAGGAUAAAGGAAAUAGCACGGAGAGCACACCGUCGCGAAAUGUACCAGUAUAUACUAGCAGUAGUAAUCAACAACAACUGCUUUCGCACAGACGCUCGCAAUCCUUACCUCCGAGAUUAGGUACGAAAAUCAAAUUUCCGCAUCAGGGCCAGUUAAAACUUCUCUUUGCAAAUCCAUUUGUGCAGACUUACAGAUUCCACUCCGGACUAGGCGGUGAUAUAUGCGUACACGAGAUUAUGGCGGAGAGCAAGCUUUGUUUCCAGUUUCCUCAACAUCUACUGGGUAUUUGGAUACAGGAGGAGAAAGAAUUGCUACAGGAGGUAGCUGGAAUGGGAGAAUUGAGGGAGCCUUGGCAUACGAAGCAAAUCGAAUUGCUCGAUCGUCAUCUUCAUUUGUUACAUUUGUAUUCUCAAGCCAAAGAAAACCUAGCCGCCUAUAAAGGAACUUAUUUCAAGCAAUCGUCACGGAAGAACGACCGUACUUUAGAAUUCGCGCCUCUGAAUUUGCAUCUUCAAAGAAUGUGGGUUCACAACGAUACACUAAAUAAGUGCGGCUUCUACGAUUUUAUUAGCGUAGGAGCAUUUACCGCUCAUUCCCACAAAAGCAAAAACGGAGGACUCAUAAGACUGGUGCAGGCGUUGAAGGAGUCACCCAUGCGCAGUAAUCAGCUGUAUCAAGGAACAUCGAAGAUUACGAUGGCGCACGACGCGAUUCAAGCCAUCAAGCAACUACGCCGAGACGUUGUGGAGGCAAUGAAGUCCUUGAUGAAGCUCGCCAAGGAGAAGCAGACGAGCGGCAUGCUGCCGAUAUGCGAGGACAUGAUCACGAAGACCAGGAUCUUGCUUAGCCUUUGGGAUCCUGGCUUAGUGGAGGAAGCGUUAACGUUUCUGGAAGAGUACAAAGUCGCCAAGGUCCAGGACGACACCACCACAACCUCGGAUGAAACUCUGACGCUAGACUUUAAGGUCAAUCAGUCCUUGUCGCCGUUCAAAAGAAUCACGCAGCAGCUGAACUUCGAUCUGAGAAGCCCUGAUUUCGAUGACUUCGUCUCACCCGACACUCCCGAGUGCAUGCAGGACAUCUGGUCGAAGAGCGGCAUAAAAAAUGGCGAAUACGCUUCCAUAUCAUAUCACACGAGAAACGACGCGUCCAAUUGCAACAAUGGCGAGGGCGACGCUGCAGAGGAAAAUUUCGUAAUAUUUCCGGACGUGGAGGACGAUCCCAAGCAGGCGGUGACGGAGACCGACGAGAACGCGCAGCAAAGCCACGACAGCGAAAAGAAAGAGAGCUACGACGAUGAGAAGGAAGAUUUCAAAAACGACGCCGAUCCGUGCAGGCGGUUCCUGGACACGCAAAAGAUGUGCAACUCGCCGUCCGCGAAUUAUUACAAGCCAACAGACGAGCCGGAGCCGUGGGAUCUCACUCAGUUGAACAUCGAGGCGAGCGUCAUGUGCCUCGUGUCGAAAGUGAAGUUUCUCUGCGGCAGAUGCAGCAGCCCGGCCGUGCGAUUGCGCAGCAAGGGUAGCAUCGGCAGAUCGCAGAGUAUCAAGGGUUGCUUGCCGAGUAACCGACACAACGCCGAGGUCGUCACCAUUCAGCCGAAGAACGGUAUUAAGUGCGAGGAAUCGAACAAAUUGCUGGACGAAUCGAACGAACGGCAGCAAUCCAGUCCGGGAUUGGAGAAACCGGCGUUCUCCAAAGCGAAGGAAGGUAUAAGCGAUACUUAUUGUAACUCGUCUUCCAAUGAAGUGUGCCAAGCAGUCGACUCGAUGACGCGCGUGAUCAAAAGUAAUUCGGGACAGAGGAACAAGUUCACCGAGGGUCUGGACUUCGCGUCGAUCGUCGACUGGACGAGCGAGCUCAGGCCGAGCAUGAAGAAGCUGCGACAAGCGAUGGACGGGCUGCUGAAGACUGCCAGAUUGACGCACUCGGUGUUUCGCGUGCAGGAAGAUUCUAAAGCAGCGCAACGCGCGUGCAACGUGCGAUACAGACGGGACGUUUGCUUCAGUCAAGCGCUAACCGCCUUGGUGACCGGCUUAAUGGCGAAACUGUGGUGCCAACGUCCGGAUCCGAUGUUUCUGUUAAUACUUACAACUUUGGGACCAUUGGUUUCCUUCGAAGGCCUUCUUAGUUAUUACGGAGACGAGAUAGAUAUGUGGGGCGAUAUGGCGGUAGCAGUCGAAGACACGCACACUGUCACAUUUACUUUGUCGAGAUGUGGCAUUCAACCUAGAGUCGAGGGAAAGUCCACCGUGUUCCAGCUUCCCGUGCCUCGAGUAGUGGGAUCGCGGAGCGCGCUGACGGUGAUACUUCCGGUUCCGGACGCGAUUUAUUCUCUCUUGCCAUUAGUGCCCUCCUCCAGACAAACGUUGUCGUUCAAUGUAACCCCGGUGUUCUUUAAUGUCGGUAUCAACGAGAUGGCUUCCUUGGCCGAGAGCCUCGGCACUACAAAACCGCAGGAGAAAAGCAAUCUGGACAACUUCGAUAGAUUAAACGAGUAUUAUUUGAGAUUCAAAAAGCUGAAUCUACCGACGGAACCUGCGUCCACGCGUUUUGCAUCAAGAUCUAUUCUGGGCCACACGUUGUCGGAUAUGAUGGCCAACUUAAAGGCAUGUGUGCAGGAGAAAGUCAACAAGAAUGUCGAGAUCUUGCAAUUAUCCUCACAAAUAUGUCGAAGAAUGCGCGGUUUAAGAUUCACCAGCUGCAAGAGCGCAAAAGAUCGGACCGGUAUGUCGAUUACUCUCGAACAGGUCAAUAUACUAUCGUCGGAGUAUCAUCUGGCGGAACACGAAUACAUGAGAGCUCUCGACUGUAUGCGAAGCGAGGGCUGCCGCCGGGAGAACACGUGGAAGAACAUCGGCGUACGCAAAUAUGCAUUUAAUAGUUUGCAGAUUCUGACGCUGCCUAAAUUCUAUCGACCGCCAAUCGGCACGUACGGAUCAGCCCAGACUUAAGGAACCUAAUUAACGUUAUGCAUGCAUAUUACACGAAAUUAAACUUCACUCUCUGGCUGUGUAAUCGCGGAUUAACUUCCGUAGUACGCGCGUAAGUAUGUAGUACUUAUAUUAAAAGUAACGUUGAGAGAAGGAGAGAAAACGCCAAAAUGCGUUCAGUUGACGUGAUUCUUUAGAGAAUUUAUUGGAGGCACGCGACUAACACGCGACUGGCACGCGAUUGGCACCUGUUUAGCAUACGAAAUGCGACUAGGGACGUAGCAAUAAGGUAAUCGGUAAUAAAAAGAAGCGAUGCUUCUCUACCUAUUGACCUUCUUUUUCAUAAAAAUUUUUUAUUUCUAAAAUUUAAUUAAAAUUGUUGCAUAUAUAGAAAUUAUAAAUUUUACUUUUAAACUUAAGGGGAGGUUCCAAUCUAGAGAGUCUAAAGCAAGACGUUCUUUAGUAAUUCUUUUAAAUUAAUGUAGAGUUUCAAAUAACGUAUUUAUUAAGUUUUAAGAGUUUUAAAUAAUUUUUUUUUAUUUAAGAAAAUGAAAAUUGACAACUCCGCAUCAGUUUAAUGUUAAGUCAUCCGGCGGGACAAAUUAUAAUUAAACGAAGGGUUUAAAACAAAAAUUUAAAAAAAAAUUUUUUUUAACUAUUAAUUUGGCUAAAAGAUGAAUCAAAUUGCAAUGCAAAAAAUUAAAAAUUAACAAAAUAGCGGCACUUUAAAUUUAGACAUCUUAGUUUUUUUUUUUUUUUUUUUUUUUUUUUUUUUUUAUAUCAAGAAAAAAUCUUAAUUUUUGGAAAAUUAUAUAUAUUUGUGGUUUAUCUUCCAAUAAAAAGUAUCUAUUUUUGAAAGGAGUGAAAUGAAAUGCUUGAAAAUGUGAAAAGUAAGUUAAAAGACAUAACAUAAAAUCAUUCAUAUCAUUAUUAAGUAUUUAAACGUUCAAAAUACCUAUACAUAUAUUAUACUAUUUUGAUGUGAUCGCUUAACAUUAAACUAAUCUAAAAUUUUCAUUUUUUUUUAACUAAAAGAAUUGUUUAAAACUCAAAAUACUAAUAAAUACAAUGCUUAAAACGCCAGGUUGAUAUCUCUUUUCGUUUUUUUUUUUAAAUCGCCUUUUAAAUUCUCCAGAUCAGAAUCUCCUUUAAUAAUCGCAGCCACGUCUCUCAAACGCAGCGCGUGAGUACAUUUGUGCCAGUAAUUACAAAAGUUGACACAUAUUGUUAGCUCACUUUCAUAAUCACCGGUGCAUUUAUCGUCCAUAUACAUAACGCGCGAGCAGACGUGAGCUGAUGUCACGGAAGUAUAAAUAGUAAAUUAUUGUAAUGCACAUUUGCAAUGGAAUUGGAAUUGCGGGAUAAAUCGGAUUAAAAUAGAAAUCCUUUCGCUUCUAUUCAAUUUCUUACCCUUAGAUGGUCCUUCCAGCGUCAUCGAACAACAGCUACGCUUGCAUUCCGUUCCUGUUCUUCUGUGAUGCAACUUUUGUAAUUUUAAUCCGACUCAUCCUUCAUUCCAAUUCGCGGUUGUUGGCGAGUUUUUGCAAUACCGUACUUGGGAAACACACACAAACGUGUGCGUAUUUAGCGUAAACAUAUUUCAUAAAGGAUGCAAGUAAAUUCUGAAUUAUUACGAUAGUUUUAGCUUCGCGAAUUUGCAUUUUACACGAUUUUUAGUGCUUAGCAUACCCAAAACAUGGUACUGCAAAAGAUCUCUUUACAUUUAAUCGAAUCCAUCGUGCUCGUUGAAUCGAUUAUUCGCCUCGGGAAUAAGUAUUAUAGUUCGGUGCCAUUCUUCUGCCAUAUUAUUACUCACGGGAUAUACGAUAAUUGUUAGCAUUAGCGUCGUGAGAUCGCGUAAACGUUAUUCGAGAAUGGAUGGCAUUGUAUUUAACGGGAGAACGUCGCUCUCGCAUCCAUCUGUGCGUGCGCGAGAGUUUCCGUAUUAUAUCCAACAUUUUGUCGUACAAAGAGUCCGAACGCAUAAUCGUACUUCCAUCACUCCAACUGAAUAAUCCACUAACGCGUAUUCGUGCCGCAUUCGUAAAUAUAGGCGGUAGAUUCCAACAAGUUGGACAUUGUUUUCAAUAAAUUAUUAAUUUUACCCGAAA